AUGGUCGUCUACAUCUGGAGUUUGAACAUCAGCAGCAAAGACACUUCUGCGCUUAACCAAAGUGGCAAUGUGAGUUCAGGGGAUCCUCUGGAGCCCCAUGACAGCCCACCCGGCCUGAGCAGGACCGGCCACACGGUGACCGCCGUCUGCCUCGGAGCCAUCCUGCUGUUGGGAUGCCUGAACAACCUCUUUGUCCUGCUCGUCUUCGCGAGGUUUCGCACACUGUGGACUCCUAUAAACCUGAUCCUGCUGAACAUCAGCGUCAGUGACAUACUGGUCUGCUUGUUUGGGACUCCCUUUAGCUUCGCGUCCAGUCUCUAUGGGAAAUGGCUUUUGGGACAUCACGGCUGCAAAUGGUACGGUUUCGCCAAUUCGCUUUUUGGAAUUGUGUCUCUGAUGUCUCUUUCUAUACUGUCAUACGAGCGUUAUGCUGCCCUGCUGCGGGCCACCAAGGCCGAUGUGUCUGACUUCCGCAGGGCCUGGCUCUGUGUGGCUGGUUCCUGGCUAUAUUCACUGCUAUGGACUCUUCCACCAUUUCUGGGAUGGAGCAACUAUGGUCCUGAAGGACCCGGGACUACAUGCUCAGUGCAAUGGCACCUGCGCUCAACCAGCAGCAUCUCGUACGUCAUGUGCUUGUUCAUCUUCUGUCUGCUUCUGCCCCUCGUGCUCAUGAUCUUCUGCUAUGGCAAAAUCCUGCUACUCAUCAAAGGGGUAACAAAAAUCAACCUGCUGACUGCGCAGAGGAGAGAGAACCACAUUCUUCUGAUGGUUGUCACUAUGGUAUCCUGCUAUCUGCUGUGCUGGAUGCCUUACGGGGUGGUGGCCCUGCUGGCCACCUUUGGCAGAACGGGACUAAUCACUCCUGUAACCAGCAUAGUGCCAUCAGUCCUGGCCAAGAGCAGCACUGUGGUCAACCCAGUAAUCUAUGUGCUUUUCAACAACCAGUUCUACAGGUGUUUCGUAGCAUUUCUGAAAUGUCAAGGCGAACCAUCUGUCCAUGGACAGAAUCCACAGCAUAGCAGCAAAGAAGAUCCACACGUGUUCAGGCCCUGUGACGGGGCCUCAAUUCAUCGCAGCGCAGAGGGCCCUCAGAAAAAAGAGCAGCACUCUCUGUCCUUGGUGGUUCACUACACACCCUGA